UUUCAAGGCUGAUGGCCUUGUGAUGCUGCAAUUUUAUUUUAUUGCCAUGAGUAAGCAUAGCAGGUUUAUACUGUAGUAGAAAAUAACUAAAAAGAGGGGUUAUAUCACACAAUUCUUCAAAGCAUUAUUGAACCUAAUAAAGAAAACAAGGUUUGAUAAAUAUUAAAUCUUUCUCAAGGGUUUGUAAUUUUGAUAAAUAUUAAAUCUUUCUCAAGGAUUUGGUUACACUUGUGUAAAACCUAUUUAUCUAGUAAAUAAUUAUUUAAGUUAUCAUUGAUGUCGUUCGUGAACAACAGACAAAGAAGCAUUCAAUAUUCAAUGCUGAUUAAGUGUUCAAAGUGCGCAAGGUAAGCCUUUGACUUUAUUGACUACCGAUGUAGAGACCAAGGAGAUUUCAUAGUACAGACAUCUAACAUGGAAGCAAUAGACGUCUCGGACAAAGCUAGCGAAAGGAAAGGGGUGAGUCAACUUCUUAUAUAUAUAUAUUAGAUUACAUAAUGAACCCUAUUUUAUAGAUUGGUUUCUAGCUGUUAUUCAAGGUGUAUUUCUGAAGUUUGAUUGUAUUUAUUGCACUAAGCAGGAGACUUGUUGCUGUAUCACUGGUAAUAUUGCAUUGAAUACAGACCCCUUUUUGACUGCUUGUUUGCACAUCAUGUGUGUCCUUUCUGUAGAAGCUGACUCUUGUCCUUGCAUUGGCCGUUCUGAUUUCCACGUUUGGAUCUUCCUUCCAGUAUGGAUACAAUGUUGCUGUUGUCAACUCACCAGCUCCGGUGAUGCAGGAGUUUUACAACCAGACAUACUAUGAUCGCUAUGGAAACCCCAUUGAAGACAGCUACCUGACCUUGUUGUGGUCUCUGUCUGUGUCCAUGUUUCCAUUAGGGGGGUUCUUUGGCUCACUAAUGGUAGCUCCGCUGGUCAAUAAAUUAGGAAGGAGGGGCACCUUGCUGUUUAAUAACAUCUUUUCAAUCGUUCCUGCUGUUCUGAUGGGAGCAAGCGAGGCGGCAAAGUCGUACGAAAUCAUUAUUUCCGCGCGCUUUAUCGUAGGAAUCUGUGCAGGCCUGUCCUCCAAUGUGGUGCCUAUGUAUCUGGGUGAGAUCUCCCCAAAGAACCUGCGGGGCGCCAUCGGCAUUGUGCCCCAGCUCUUCAUUGCUAUCGGCAUCCUCGUGGCUCAGAUAUUUGGUAUUAGAAGCUUGCUGGGCAACACCAGAGGCUGGACUCUAAUGCUUGCUCUCACUGGCAUUCCUGCGGUUAUAGAACUCGUUUUCUUGCCCUUUUUCCCCGAGAGUCCAAGAUACAUGCUGAUCCAGAAAGGCGAUGAAGAAAAGGCAAGAAAAGCCUUACAGAGACUGAGAGGCUGGGAGGACGUGGACAGUGAAAUAGAGGAGAUGCGUCUGGAGGGGCAGUCGGAGAAGACUGAAGGGCGCCUGUCAGUUCUGAACCUCUGCUCAUUCCCGUCCCUGCGCUGGCAGCUCAUUUCAAUCACUGUGAUGAACAUGGGACAGCAGCUGUCUGGGGUCAAUGCUAUCUAUUACUAUGCUGAUAGCAUUUAUGGAUCUGCUGGUGUGAAGGAGAGUAAUGUCCAAUAUGUCACCGUGGGAACAGGUUCAGUAAAUGUAUUCAUGACUAUAGCAGCUGUUUUCAUUGUGGAAGCUUCAGGAAGGAAGCUCCUCCUCCUGAUUGGAUUUGGGAUUUGUGCCGCUGCCUGUGCGGUCCUGACUAUCGCUCUCACGCUCCAGGAUGAUGCUGAGUGGAUUCCUUACCUGAGCAUUGCUUGUGUAAUUGUUUAUAUUAUUGGACAUGCAAUAGGACCCAGUCCAAUCCCAUAUGUGGUGACCACUGAGAUGUUCCGACAGUCUUCCAGACCAGCUGCUUUCAUGGUGGCCGGCUCAGUGCACUGGCUCUCUAACUUCACUGUGGGCCUGGUCUUCCCCUUCAUGGAGAAGGGGCUCGGCACCUACAGUUUUAUCAUAUUCGGUGCCAUCUGCUUGGCAACGUUGGGCUACAUCUUUAUCGUUGUUCCGGAAACCAAAAACAAAACCUUCCUGGAAGUCAGCCAGUUGCUUGCCAAGAGGAACAAAACUGAAACUGUUAUUGGGUCCCAGAGUCCCACUGUUAUUGAUCUGAAACCAAUGACAGAGGAGGGGGCCUUGGACAUAGCCUGUAGACUCUAGAGCGAGGCCAGUGGGUCAGUCUUUCAGGUUCUGAAUGAUUUCAUGGUGGAGUAAGAAUGAAAAUAAACCAGAUACAAGAAGACUGACCUUGUUUGUUUUUCAGUGUGUCUUUGUGUUUCAA